AACUUGUGGGCUCUGCAUUUAUUUGAGGGCCUGAAGUGACUCCUUGUAGAGUAGCUGUGCUGGUCAGGAUUCCUGGCAGGGCAUCCGGGGAACGGGUGGUUUCUGUGGUGUGUGCCAGUCAAACUGGGUGAAAACUGAACAGAGAGCUGGUUCUCCCCCUGGUCAGGCUGGUGGGACCAGCGUGGCAUUCCGGUUUGUGCCUGGAGAAUUAGGGUCUGUAAGGAUAAAUCUUCAGGGAAUUCGGUGCCAGCCAGCCCCCAACACACAAACACCGGGCACCCGAGAGAAUUCCUUGUUCAGCAGGAGCUCAGGAACUCAGGAGUCACUCUGAAAGCCCAAUGUGGGAGUUGUACAGUGAGGAAAGGACCGUUUUAGUUUGCUGUAUCUGUAUCACAGUGGUGCCUUGCAGUGCUUUAAUCAUAAAGGAAUGAACAGGCACCAGUUGAUAGGAGGCUUUUCCUCCAGUCCUGUCCCAGGGAAUAUGGACUUCCCACAGCGAGGGGCUGUGUGGGUGCUGGAAGGAGCUGCGUUGCCUCCGGAGGAGCACGAGGGGGGAAGCAAACAAACAAACAAGUCUGGAGGAGGGAAAUGAUUAGACGAGCCUCAGCUGGUUGUUUCCCCUCUUGAAUGGCCCUCUUUCAUCAGGAUGUGUUGGGACAAGUGCUUUUUCAAGGCAGGAUAUCAGUGGAAGACACAGUGUUCUCUAAAAGCCAUCCAGUUCCCGGGGAGCAUCACCAGCCGCGAUCUCUCUGCUCCGCACACAAUAUACGGUCGACCUUUUCUUUGCCUUCUUUUCUUUUAUGGGUUCAGAAGCAGAAGGAUCCUCAGCGAGAGCUUUUUCAUGGUGAAAGGAGCAGCCCUUUUCCUACAGCAAGGAAACAGCUCCCAGGGCCAGCGAAGCCUCCAACACCCUCACAAACAUGCAGGUGAUUUGCCCCAGCACCUCCAGGUGAUGAUCAACCUCCUUCGCUGUGAGGACAGGAUCAAACUGGCUGUACGUCUGGAGAGCGUGUGGACGGACCGGGUGCGGUACAUGGUGGUCGUGUACAGCAGCGGGCGCCAGGACACCGAGGAGAACAUCCUGCUGGGGGUGGAUUUCUCCAGCAAGGAGAGUAAAAGCUGCACUAUAGGAAUGGUUCUUCGCCUGUGGAGUGACACCAAAAUCCAUCUUGAUGGGGAUGGUGGCUUCAGUGUGAGCACAGCGGGGAGGAUGCACAUCUUCAAACCUGUGUCAGUGCAGGCCAUGUGGUCUGCUUUACAGAUCCUCCACAAAGCCUGUGAGGUUGCCAGGAGGUACAACUACUUCCCAGGAGGGGUGGCCUUGGUCUGGGCCACCUACUACGAGAGCUGCAUCAGCUCUGACCAGAGCUGCAUCAACGAGUGGAACGCCAUGCAGGACCUGGAGUCCACCCGCCCCGACUCUCCCGCCCUCUUUGUUGACAAGCCCACGGAAAGGGAACGGACAGAACGGCUCAUUAAAGCCAAACUCCGGAGCAUCAUGACGAGCAAAGACCUGGAAAAUGUGACUUCUAAGGAGAUCCGAAACGAGCUGGAGAAACACAUGAACUGCAACUUGAAGGAAUUCAAGGAAUUUAUAGACAAUGAAAUGCUGCUAAUCCUGGGUCAGAUGGACAAACCGUCUCUGAUUUUUGAUCAUUUAUACCUGGGCUCCGAGUGGAACGCCUCCAACCUCGAGGAGCUGCAGGGCUCGGGCAUUGACUACAUCCUGAACGUCACCCGCGAGAUCGACAACUUCUUCCCCGGGUUGUUUGCGUACCACAACAUCCGCGUGUACGACGAGGAGACCACGGACCUGCUGGCACACUGGAACGAGGCCUACCACUUCAUCAACAAGGCCAAGAAGAACCACUCCAAGUGCCUGGUGCACUGCAAGAUGGGGGUGAGCCGCUCGGCGUCCACGGUCAUUGCCUACGCCAUGAAGGAGUUCGGCUGGUCCCUGGAGAAGGCCUACAACUACGUGAAGCAGAAGCGCAGCAUCGCCCGGCCCAACGCCGGCUUCAUGCGGCAGCUGCUGGAGUACGAGGGAAUUCUGGAUGCCAGCAAGCAGCGCCACAACAAGCUGUGGAAGCAGCAGGCGGAGAGCAACCUGCCGCAGCACACCGACGGCACCACGGGCUCGGGAGACUUCCUGCUGGAGAGCUUGGACAUCGACCUGGAAAACCGCCUGGCUGACCUGGACAUGCCUUCCCAGUCGGGAUACCUGGACAACCGCGCCGGCACCGACGGGCCCGGGGGCUUCGACUACUGCUUCCGGCGCCUCUCAGACACGCUGCUGGAGAACAAGGUUCCCGGGGACAGGGAGGGCUUUUUCCACGUGGAGCAGCUGGAGCGGGAUGCGUUGGUGGGACAGCCCCCAUCUGCACUGCCACAGGGGAGGCUGCUGGAGAUGGGAAAGGCCCCGGAGAGAGCGGAGCCGCCGGCAGAGCUGGGCAGCUGCUGCGAGAGGGAGGCGAAGAGGAAAAUGGACUUCAGCCCCAGGAAGGGAAGGAUGGCCCUCGGGGAGCCAGGGGAGGACGGUGUCAGGGAGGAGAAUCCCAUGGAGAAGUGGAAGCGGCGUUUGUCCAUGCACAAGGAGGAGAGCAGGCUCAAUAGGGAGAACCUGAAUAACAACAACAGCAAAAGGAGUUGCCCAGAGGAUUUUGAGCACGACGCUGUGUUUGGGAUCCUCAGCAAGGUGAAGCCUCCCUACCAGUCCUGCACUGACUGCAUGUACUCCUCAGCUGGGCUGUCCCCCGACCCCUUUGGGGAGCAGUGUGAGAAGCUGAACCCUGCGCGGCGCAGCACCACCAUCUGCACGCAGCCAGCCCUCCUGUCCCACCUCCACUCCAACCUGCUGGACCACCUGCCCGCCAGGGCACAUCCAGAGCAGGCAAUCAGAACUAAACAUAGCGAGGCUGCACUUCCCAUGGUGCCGGGAGCCAGGACUUUGGAGGCUGGCACGUGCAGGUCACUGGAUCAGCACUGCAGUGUUCUGGAGAGAGGAAAAGAUGCGCCAAAAACCCCGGAGAAAACUCUGCUGCCCAGGAGAAACUCCCACUGUGACAGGAGCCUCCUUCAAGCUCAGGUGGUGAGGGAGGAGUCUCUGGCCAAGAAGGACACCAGACCUACCAAGGACCCGAAGUACCUGUUGUUCAGCAAAGACUUGGACAAGCCAAGCGCCAACAGCUACUUGAUGCAGCACCAGGAGUCGCUGAUCCAGCUGCAGAAGGCGGGGUUGGUCAGGAAGCACACCAAGGAGCUGGAGCGGCUCAAGAGCCUGCCCUCGGACGCCUCGGCACUGCUCCGGGACAGGGUGGGCUCCAGCAUCGUGGAGGAAAGCGAGGACAUGAUGUCCCACCCCGGCCUCGUGCCCCUCCUGGCACCGGCCCCGAUGGUGCUCGGAGACGCGGAGAACAACAUGGAGAGGCUGGAGGUGAAACGCAUCCUGGAGGGGGUCUCCCAGAGAACCUCCACGCCGGCCGUGUGCCGCCUGGAGCACACGAGCAGCUUCACCAAGGACUUCCUGAAGACCAUCUGCUACACCCCGUCCUCGUCCCGCAGCUCCAACCUGACGCGCAGCUCCAGCAGCGACAGCAUCCACAGCGUGCGGGGCAAGCCCGGGCUGGUGAAGCAGCGCACGCAGGAGAUCGAGACGCGGCUGCGCCUGGCCGGCCUCACCGUGUCCUCGCCCCUCAAAAGGUCCAAUUCCCUCGCCAAACUGGGCUGUCUUAACCUGUCCUCCGACGACUUGUCGAGUGACGUGGACGUGUCCACUGUAACAGACUCCAAAGAGGCCGUUUCCAGCGAGUGCUCCGUGUUCUGUGAGCCACAGCCCUCCCUGAGCGGCACGGACGGCCCCUCCAAACCGGGGCUGAAGGCGGCGGGAGGGAACUUGAAGAGCGUGCUUUGGAUGGGCAAAAGUUGAUGCUUCCUGUGGAGGGGAGGAGGGGGCUGGAUUUUGGGGGGGGGGGUGUUACAGCAUUUAUUCAUUGCACCGAUGCAGUUUUAUCAUCUGACUUGCAGCAGUUCAUCCAAUGCCACCUCUUCGUCCCCUCCCUGUGCUCCGAGAGGGGGGCAAAAAGAACCACGAUGGGGCACGUGAAGGGCACAAGGGAAAUCAAAUGUGUUGCAUGGCUUGGAGGAGGCCUUGGUGUGUGACUUGCCUGUUGUCCUGCAGGAUGCUCUUCCUAGUACUGUUUGCCAAGUGUAAUAACGUGGAUUUGUGUGUGGUUAUGGAUAGAUAUUUGUAUCUCUAUCUAUAUCUAAAAUGCUGAAAUGUUCUGUUUCAAAGACUCAGAAUAAUUAUUCAUGACUUCUUUUUUUUACAGAGCAAACACAAGGCUCUGAACAGGGCACUUGUGGGAAAUCCUUAAGAUGGUGACACGCACACUACCUCUGUUCCCGCUGGCUUUUUGUCCUGCUUUGUUGGUUGAGUUUUUUAUCCGAAAGGCUUUUCCCAGAAUUCUUGCUGUUGUUUGAAGGAAUUCCCUUGGUGUUGGCUGUAAAGGCCUGGAGGAGUGUGGACGUGGAGGCUGCCCUGGGGCUGUGGCUGGGAGGUGAAGGAGCUGUGUCUGUGGGGACAGUGGGACCGAUGUGACCCCGGCUGUGUGGCUGUCCCAGGUGUUGUGUUUUUGGGGUGUUUUUGCUGUCCUUGUGGUCUGUGAUGUCCCAGUGCUGACAGAGCCCGUGGAGCCCGUGAUGUGAUGCUGUGUUGGUGUCGUGGAUCCUGUGUUGGGACCCUCUGUUGGCUGUGGGUGACAGGAGAUGGCCAAGGAGGGUCAGCUCUGCUGAAAUCCCAGGAAGUGACCGUGUCUUUUCUGAUUGUUACUGUUGCUUUUGUAAAAGAGUUGCUGUGUCCUGGGUUUCCCAGCAGCCUGGGGAGCUGCUGGUGGAGUCCAGGGUGUUAUUUACACCGGGUGUCGGGAGCCUGGGUGGCCCUGGAGUGAGGAGCCCAGCUGGACGUGUCCCAGCCCUCACAGGGCUGUGAAAGCCCCGUAAAUCCUGCUGAGGGGGAGCAGUCAGACAGAAAUACGUGUGUGCUCUGAGGAGAGGGGUGUUGGAGGUGAGGAUGAGAUCUCCUUCUGGAGGAAGGGGGGCAGCUGGGACUUGCCCGUGUACCCCCCAGGUCUGGCGUUACCACGUGCUCCCCCUUGUGCCGGGGCUGAUGCUUGGAUUGCAGCAGUGCCCCCAUUCCAUAUGCAUGUUUUUUUGGAAUACUUUGGACAGCCAGCCUGGUCAAGAGCUGCUCUGUGCAAGCCCUGGCUGAAUGCGGGGGGAAGACCUUGGGAAGUGUGCAGGGAACACUCCCCAAGUCUCAGUGCUCCCCGAUUCCCAUCUGAAGCCACAUUGGCUGCUUGUGCCUUCAGGUGAUACUUUGAAGCAGAUUUGGGGGACAGAACAGAUCUGAGAACUCAGUGGUGGAUUUGCUCAACCAGGCUGUGAGUGUGAGCGCUCCCACAUUUUAAAAUCCCUGUGGAAAGGCUUUCUUCUUUCUUCAGCAACCAGUCUGAACUAGUUAAUCCAAAAUCCAGUGUCUUGAGGAAGGGAGCUGUGGAUUUAUCUGAUCCUGAAUGCCCAGAGUUCCCUCUUCUUCCCUUAAGCGUAAGAUCUCACGCUUCUUUUGUGUGAGGACGUGUAGGGAUGAGCAAUCAGUAAAUAAACUCCUGAGGGAGCCUGAAUUUGAUUUGCACUUGUUUCACCCCAGAGAGCUGGUGAGGAGCACGAGCUGCUCCAGGAGGGAAGUUGUGCAGGAGCCUCUUCAGGCCGAGGAACCGCAAGGUCGAGUUCAGGGCAGGAUGAAACCCCUUCAGUGAGCCGGGAACACGGCAUGGCCGGAUCACUGCGAGCCAUCGCCUAGGCUUGUGUCAUCUUCAUCCUGCUGUACACCCAGACUGGGAUUUGGGAAGGGCAGAUGGGAGGCCCCGGGGCUGUUGGGUGCCAUGGGGCUCAGAGUGGCACCUGGGGGAGCCUCAGGGGCUCCUGCCCAGUGAACCCUCAGUGUCACCCCAGCAGGGUCACUUUUCUCUGUGCUGCCAACCCUUCCCAUCCCUGUCUGGCCGAGGGAGGAGGCACAGGGUCGGAUUUGAAUAAGUUCAGAAGGUUCCAUGAACUGCUGCGGGUGAACAUGUGAUUUCCUUCCUGUUUCUCGAGUGCCUGCCGAGUUCUGCCGCGUCCAGCCCACCAUGUCCGACCCAACCCCCUCGUUCCAGGGCACAGCUCGGCUCCCUCCGCCUUCGCCUGCUGCUGCUCUCACUCAGCUCUUGCUGGAUCAACCCUGCACUUCCCUCACUGGGCCCUGUGCUCCCUCGCUGUGUCACGGGAUAGAGGCAGGAUUUAGUGGGAGCUGGCCUGGAAGCUGCUGUGCCAUUCCCAGGGGGUUGUAGCCAAACCUGCACCAUGUGUGGUCCCGUUGGGUUUGUUGCAUGAGAAGGUCGAUGUGCUCAUCCUCCCCACGUGUCCUUACAACAGAGUGCCUUACUCAUAGUUUACAAACACUGUGUAUCUGUUGAGCUGUUCAACUCUGCUGUUUGCUGUUCUUUGGGGAGUUUUUGGUGCUUUUGGUGUUUCUGGUGGCAGUGAGACCGUUCCCCUCCCUGCAUCCCACCCACCCUGCCAUCCCUGCCGAGCUCAGCACUGCUCACCUGCUACCACUUCCCUCUGGGUAUGGCAGAACCAAAGGACAGCCGGGGGCUGCUCGGCUGCUCCUGGUGUCCCUGUUUAUACCCAUUUAUCCCAUUUAUCUCAUUUAUCCCGUUUAUCUAUGCAUUGCUGCCGAAACACGAGUGGGGUGUGCGGGGACACAUCCCAUCACCGGCUGCGCUUUGCUCGGCGGAUCCAAACCCAAUCCUGUCCUGCCAGGAAUCCCGAAAUGCACAAACCGGCACCUUAUUCCCAGUCCAGGUGCUGUCGGUCCGUGUGGUGGCAGUGCCCGACCUCCUGGGGGUCCUUCCCGUGCAGGUGGGGUUUGGCUCGGCCGUGUCCCAGCAGGACCCGUCCUGGUCAGCCUGCGAGGAGGGGGGUGAGUAACGUGUAGCUGUUCCUGUGCAUUGCUGUCCUCUGUGAUAACAAGGGUCCUUUAAUCCCAUGGUAUUUCUGAAUCCCGGUUUUGUAUUGGAAUCGGCGGGAUUUUUGUACUGUACGUCCGCGGGAGGGAAUGAUGCAUCAUGCACUUUUUUUUUUUUUACUUUUGUUUGUAAGAAUGUCCUGAAUAUUUUAUGUGCUUCUUGUGAGGAAUAAAAUAAAGGUUUUUUUUGUUUCUUUA